GGAAGCACCAGCAUUCUGGACAACCUGUUGUCGCGCAUGGAGCAGUAUGCCAAUAACCUGGAAAAGCUGGUGGAAGAGCGCACACAGGCCUACCUGGAGGAGAAGCGCAAGGCAGAGAACCUACUCUACCAGAUCCUGCCCCAUUCGGUGGCCGAGCAGCUGAAGCGGGGUGAGACAGUACAGGCUGAAGCCUUCGAUUGUGUCACCAUCUACUUCAGCGACAUUGUAGGGUUCACCUCCUUGUCAGCAGAAAGCACUCCUAUGCAGGUGGUGACACUCCUCAAUGACCUCUACACUUGCUUCGAUGCCAUCAUAGACAACUUUGAUGUCUACAAGGUGGAGACCAUUGGUGAUGCCUACAUGGUGGUGUCCGGCCUGCCUGUUCGAAAUGGCAAGCUCCAUGCCCACGAGAUCGUCCGCAUGGCCCUCGCACUCCUGGAGGCUGUGAAGACCUUUCGCAUCCGGCACCGUCCCAGUGAGCAGUUGCACCUGCGCAUUGGGGUCCACUCUGGGCCGGUGUGCGCGGGAGUGGUUGGCCUGAAGAUGCCACGCUACUGCCUCUUUGGGGACACAGUCAACACGGCUUCACGUAUGGAGUCCAAUGGCGAGGCCUUGAAGAUCCACAUCUCUGCCGCCACCAAGGAGAUCCUGGAUGAGUUUGGCUGCUUUCUGCUGGAGCUCCGGGGGGACGUAGAGAUGAAGGGCAAAGGGAAGAUGAGGACCUAUUGGCUGCUGGGUGAAGAGAAGACGGCCGUCAUCUGAGGGGGGCCCUCCCUCUGCAGGGACCCGGCAGCAGCAUCUGCUCCCAUGAACUUGCGGGGGAUUCACUCUGCCUU